AUGCGGGGAUACCUCUGCUGGAUUGUGGAAGGGAGAUUGGCUUUCAAACUAUGUUCUAGUUCAUACCGUGUAAAAGAACAGGACUUUCCUCAUUUCUCUUUCUGGAAUUUCCCAUUCUGGCUUCUGGAUGGGGUGAAGAUGGAAGAGAUAGGUGGGAGGGUGGCGAAGCUGGAAAUCAGAUCAAAUAAGCGAGACCUCAUCCGAGGGGAAAUGAUUCAACUAAAGAUCCCUUUAUUAGAUCAAGUCACUAUCGGGAUGGCUAUCAGGUAUAGGAUUUCAUCCAGCCGGCACAAACCCGGAGACAUAGGAAGGUUUAACGACUUGCCCUUUUUAAGUCUUCUUUCUAUUAGGCUCUAUAUGGCCUUAUAA